UCAUUCGUUUAUCAAACUACGAUUUUGAGUACUUUUGCUGAUUUCUAUAAAGUACUUCGGAAAAAUUAUUCAUUCUUUAUGUUCUAAUUAGAUAUUUGGUGAUUUUGUACAUUUUGUACGCAAUUCUUUCGAUAUAUCCAUCAAAAAGAACCAGUUAACCGAAUUGUUUCGAGUGUAGUAUAAAAAUUUACUCAGCUGUUCGAAUGGAUAAAGGAAAUGGUUACGUUGACUAAUUGCUUAUUCUAGAGGAUUAAAGUCGAAGAAUUACGCAAUGAGCAGUUUCAGAAAGAUACCAAAUGUUGUGAAUUUAGCCACUAACAGAGAAAUUAACGAUGACAUAUGUUACGUAUUACAGAAAAAACUUCACGUAACUGAUAAAUUUAUCGACCGUCUGGGACUCGAAAUCGACCUAGAAGGUCAUGAUGGAUGUGUAAAUUGUUUGCAGUGGAAUGACACUGGAAGUUUAUUAGCCUCGGGUUCGGAUGAUACUCAUGUCAUAAUAUGGGAUCCUUUCCAUAAAAAGAAAUUGACCACUCUACCCACCUUUCAUAAUGGGAACAUAUUUUCAGUCAAGUUCAUGCCUCAUACCAAUGAUACCAAAAUAGUUACUGGUGCCGCUGAUUGUAAAAUAUCAGGUAUAGAUGUUGUAACCAAAGAUACAGUGUACGUGUGCAACUGCGCUCGUUCUCGAAUCAAACGCAUCGCCGUCGCUCCCGAUGUACCAGAUUUAUUCUGGAGCGCUUCCGAAGAUGGAAUUAUUCGCCAAGCUGAUAUCCGAAUUCAUCAUACUUGCGACGAAGAUGCGAAAAACGUCAUAAUAAAUUUGAAAAAUCAUCAAGGUGCUUUAGCCGAAGGUAAAUGCAUUACUGUGAACCCAGUUCGAACGGAAAUGUUAGCAGUAGGCUCCAACGAUCCUUAUAUUCGGCUUUACGACAGAAGAAUGAUUAAAGUUACCACGAAUCGAAAAUCUGGCCAAUGGUAUCAGAAAAUCGUCGAAGAUGAAUCCUCUGACAGCUGUAGCGAAUCAGAACUCAAAGAAGCUUGGCGAAUUACUGAUAAUGUAAUUAGCGGUUGUGUUCAAUAUUUUGUACCAGGGCAUCUGCAAAUCAAAAGUGGCUGUAAGAAAGCGGAACAUAAUGCGGUGACUUAUCUUUCGUUCAGUCCUGAUGGCAAAGAUUUACUUGCUAAUCUUGGAAGUGAACAAGUUUACUUAUUCGAUGUUACCAGAAAGCAUCCCGCCAAAUAUUUUACUAUUCCAAGUGUUCCUAUUAUUAAAGAAUAUGAGGCUGUGAACGACUCAAUCCAUGAGAACAACGGCAUGAUUACAGAUACGUGUUUGAACGACGAUAAAACUAACGAUAUUCUACCAAAUGUCAUCGAAGACAUUAAAUUAGCGGCCAAUGAACAUUUCAAAAACGGUGAAUAUCUUAAGGCUAUCAGAAUGUACAAUGACGCUAUUCGUAAAUAUAAAACCAGCGCUGUACUUUUUGGUAAUCGAGCCGCGGCUUACAUGAAAAGAGCAUGGAAAGGUGACAUGUACGCAGCACUACGUGACUGCAGCACAGCUCUGAAAUUAGAUCCUGAUUACAUGAAAGCAUUCUUCAGAUUAGCAAGAUGUUUUCACGAACUGAAGAGAUUCGAAGAAGCUAAAACUUGUUUGGACAUGUUUAAAUCGAAAUUCAUGAAUCACGCGGACAGUCACGCUUGUCGAGCUUUAGAAAAAGAUAUAGAAGAUGCUUGCAAAAAGCAUACGGUUGAAAAAAACCGUAAAAGUUCUAGACACGAUAAUAGGUCAGAACGAUCAGUACUUGUAUCGUUACAAUUAAGUGGGAUUUAUGUGGCGGAUACGAAUUUAGGAUUGCAGGUCUCCAAACCGGAAAAAGUAUGGCGAAAAAAAGCAUCGGAUUACGAGCAUCGUUACUGCGGCCACUGUAAUUCUACCACCGAUAUUAAAGAGGCUAAUUUUUUCGGAAAUGACGGACGAUUCAUUGUAGCUGGCUCGGAUGACGGCUCGAUAUUCUUUUGGGAUCGUUUUACCGAAAAUAAUAUUCGUAUUUUGAAAGGCGAUUCGUCAAUUGUGAAUUGCCUCCAACCACAUCCUUACUAUUGUUUAUUAGCAUCAAGUGGUAUUGAACCUGUUGUUCGAAUAUGGACGCCCAAGCCAGAAGAUGGUAAGGUUAAUGAAAAAGUGGUUCGUGAUCUUGAUUUAGCAGCUGAAAAAAAUCAUAAACGAAUGAAAAAAGAUGAUUUAGAUGUUAUGUUUAUUAGUAAUAGUGGUUCUUCUUCUGAAGAAUCUUCGCAGUUAGAAUGCAGAGCUAGUUAAUGUGCCUUAUAUUUUUUUCUUUUUUUGUAUGCCUAUGAAUAUGUAUUUAUUUUUCCUUAUUUUUAUAAUUAUAUCGAUCGAAGUUUUUGUUCAUUCAAGUACAAAACACCUGUUCGUAUAGGUUACUCAUUUUGUAAAAGUUUCUUUGUUAUUGUUAAUGGAAUGUUAUUAAAAAAUUUUGAAUAUUUUUAUUAAAAGAUUUUUCUGUUCAA